AUGGCCUCCAGACUCCCCGACGACCUCUUCAUAACGCUGUUGAGGUCUGCGUAUGGCAAUGCACGGCAUAGCUUGGCCAGCCGCAGGCCCGCCAGAGCUCCGAAGCUCCCCGCCGACGCCGCCGCCAGUCGACGACAACUCAGUUGCCUGACCCUGGGUCGCACACGCGCAAUUGGCCCAGCACAGGUACGACUUCUGUCCGCCUUGCAGCGCGGGAGGCGAGGGUAUGCGGCGGUCGACUCCACCAAGCGCGCGGGGCCGCACUUCGAGCAGAAGCCGCGCCAGAUAGCCAUCCUGGGCGGCGGCGUCACUGGCCUCACGGCGGCUCACUACCUGGCCAGACAUGCCACCAACGCGCACAUCACCCUCUACGAAGCCAGUGACCGCCUUGGCGGCUGGGUCGACGGCAGGCGGACGCCGAUAGACGAUGGCGCGGGCGGCGAGGUUCUGAUGCAGCGCGGGCCGCGUAUGCUGAGGUCCGGCGCCACCUCCAACAAGUACGACGACCUCGUGUUCUACGAUGUGGUUGCAAACCUCAAGCUCCAGAGCAAAGUCAAACACCCCAAAGCGGCCGCCGGCACACGCUACAUCUACUACCCCGACCACCUUGUCCAGCUUCCCGAGCCAAAGCUAACGUUUGAAAACAUCACGAAAACGCUACGGUCGCUCUUCAGUGAGCCGAUAUGGACCGGCUGCAUGAGUGCAUUCUGGAGGUGGCAAUCUUAUUUCAACUCCACCCCAGAGGAAAUCGAGAGCCGGAGGCUCGGCGCUGGCAGCCUGAACUCGGCCUUCAAUACGGACGAGUCCGUCAGCGAGUUCCUGGGCCGGAUAUUUGCUGACCCUGACGCGCCUCCCAUCAAGAACCUUGUCUCGGGUAUGCUUCAUGGCAUAUAUGGCGGUGAUGUGGCCAAGCUCAGCGCUAAGCACACCAUCUUUGACAGGUUCUGGUACCAGAGCAAGUAUCCUCUGCAUGAGGGCUUCCUCUGGUUUGCGCUCAAGGACUUCUACCUGCAGUACGACAUGUUGGACGGACCAAACAGCCGUCAGAUCAUCGAGAUGGCCGAGGCUGCGAGGAGCCACAAUCUGAUGGCUUUCGAGGACGGCCUGAUUACUCUCGUUGAUGCGCUAUCUGCGGAUCUGAAGGGCCGGAAAAACGUCACCAUCAAAACCAACACCCCGGUCUCGUCCUUGGAGUACAAGGGCGGCCGCGUCGAGAUCUUAAGCGACAACGGUGAACGGGUUCGAUACGAUCAGGCGCUGAGCACACUGUUCUCGGGCCAGCUGGCCGACUUGGCAAAGCCCGCCAAUUCUCUUCCAUCGCUCGCCGCUACCGAGGCCGUCUCGAUCCAGGUUGUAAACCUCUGGUACCCUGAUGCGGACUUGUUGAGCCAGAACCCGGGCUUUGGCUACCUCAUUCCUCAAUCUGUCGACCCCGAGCAGAAUCCGGAGUGCGCACUUGGCGUUCUCUUCGAUUCUGACAUUGAAACCGGCAAGGACGAGACCAAGGGAACCAAGCUAACUGUCAUGCUUGGAGGCCAUUACUGGAGCGAUUGGCCUGUACUGCCUACCGAGGAGAUGGGCAUUGCCAUGGCGCGGGCCGUUGUCGAGCGCCAUCUCGGUAUUUCGCCGGACGAACAUGUCGUCGCUGGUGCGAAGCUCUGCCGCGACUGCAUACCGCAGCAUACUGUGGGCCACUUCGACCGUCUGCGCAAGGCCCACUAUGAGCUGGAGGCUGCGUUCAAAGGCAAGCUGACCGUCGCCGGCCCAAGCUACACUCAAGUUGGCGUGAUUCCAGCCAUGCGCUCGGGCUACGACGCGGGCAUGCGCAUCGCAAAGGGCCACGGACAACCAUGGUUCCGGCAUCCGGAGAAGGACAAGGGGAUGUGGGGCCACCACAACCUGUUGCUCAAGCAAAUACGGGAGAGGACCGGUCAAGCACCCGAGAUCAUGGAUCAUAUCGGGACCACGGGCCUGGAGUGGGCUACCGAGAGCCCGGCUUCGCAGAUGACGCAGGGCGAGCAGCAGUUCCUCUGGUUCAAGACGUGGACCAAGGAGAGCGAGAGGUUCCUGGACGGUCAGGGGAAGUGGAAGCCCGAUGACCAGAAUCCCAUGAGGCAUACUCUUCUCCCCAGCCCAGACAAGACAGAGAAGCAGGCUCCCCAGAAGUAG